AUGCGCGUCUAUCUUCUUGCAAUCGUAACCUCAAUGGGUGCAUUUAUGUUUGGUUACGACCUGGCAUUCAUUGGAACUUCGAUUGACCUGAAAUCAUUCAAAAGGGAUUUUGGCCUUAUCGGUGCAUCUCAAUCCGUCCAGGAUGCAUUUUCGGCCAACAUAGUCUCACUACUACAAGCUGGAUGCUUCUUUGGGGCCCUGGCUGCUGCGCCACUGGGAGACAAGCUCGGUCGGCGAAUUGCAUUGGCACUUGGUGCGAUUUCAUUUAUUGUUGGCUCAAUUAUGCAAGUUGCCUCAGCGGGUAGUAAGCCCUUGAUGUUCGUUGGCAGAGUGCUCGGUGGAAUGGGUGUCGGGGCUGCGAGUAUGCUAGUUCCUUUGUACACCGCGGAAUGCGCACCGCCGAAAAUUCGAGGGCGACUAGUCGGCAUCUAUGAAAUUGGUGUACAGGUCGGCACCUGCAUGGGUUUCUGGAUCAACUUUGGUGUCGAGCAACAUAUGGCACCGACAUCUGCACAGUGGAUGACCCCAUUUGCUUUACAGCUCAUCCCAGGCGGUCUCCUUUUGAUUGGCCUCUGGUUUAUGCCAGAGUCACCUCGAUGGAUGGCUAAAUCCCAUGGCAGAUCUCGGGUAACCGAAGUUCUAUCACUCCUACGAAAUUUACCGGGCGAUCAUCCCGACGUACAACAUGAAGUUGAUAAUAUUGUACAGCAACUCGAGCUUGAACGAGCAACAAGCCCGGAUGGGACGUUGUCAUCCGUGAAAGAGCUCAUGCAACCAGGUAUCCGAUACCGCGUGUUCCUGGGAGUAGUGAUCAUGAUAUUCUUCCAGAUGGCCGGGUCGAAUGCGAUUAACUAUUAUUCCCCACGUAUCUUUCGAUCAAUUGGACUCACUGGAACCAAGACAACAUUGGUAUCCACAGGGAUCUAUGGGAUUGUCAGAUUGGUAGCAGUGUUUUUCGCCAUGUAUUUUGUGGUCGAUCGCUUUGGUCGAAAGCCUAUGUUAAUAUUCGGCAGCAUUGCGAUGGCAAUUUCCAUGUGGCUCAUUGGCGCCUUUGUCAAGAUUCAAAGUGCAGAGGUCAAAACAGGCGAAUCGAUUAGCGGCACGUCUUAUGCAGCAGCUGUGUUCAUAUAUUUGUUCGCAGUAUCGUUUUGCUUUAGCUGGGCUGGCGUCCCUUGGAUUAUCUGCUCCGAGAUAUACCCCUUGCAAGUACGCGGACUUGCCGUGAGUAUCUGUGUCGCAACGCACUGGUUGUUCAACUUCGUCAUCGCGAGAAGCGUCCCAUACAUGAUCUCGAACAUUUCCUUUGGGACAUACUUUGUCUUUGCAGCCUGUACAACCCUGUCCGUACCAUUUGUCUGGCUUAUGAUUCCAGAGACCAAAGGCUUGUCCUUGGAAGAGGUUGAUCUCUUGUUUGAAGAUCGUGUUUUCGGUCUUCGACCUCGAAGUUCGUCCUUCAGAAACGAAGUGUCCGAUCACAAAGCAGCAGUGGAGCAGGUUGAAUCCGUCUAG